GGUACCCGACGUGAGACUGAUAAUAAGGAUGGGCCUCUUGUAUAAUUUGUGGAACACAAUAUGGACCUUCAUUCUUUUUUAUGCCUUGGGAGCUUGGUAUUUGCUGAAGGAGCUCUUCUCAUCUCACAAAAAGCCUUCAGGAAUUUUGAACCAAAGCGGGCGCGUAGCUAUUGUGACUGGCGGAGGCCGAGGCAUAGGUUUGGAAACUGUGCAGCAGUUUCUUGACCUGGAUAUGACAGUUAUUAUUGGUGGGAGAAAUGCAUCAGGGAUUGAGAAGGAUGUGUCAAAAAGGAGAGGCAGUAACAAAGAUGUAGGGAAAGUCAUAUGCUUAGACCUAGAUUUGGCUAGCUUAACCUCCGUGAGAAGAUUUGCAGAAGCUUUCAAGGCUCUUCGACUCCCUUUACAUGUACUUGUUAAUAAUGCUGGCAUUAUGUUCUGGCCACUGGAAAUAACGGAAGAUGGCUUUGAGUCUCAUUGGAGUGUUAAUUAUCUUGGGCAUUUCUUAUUGACCCAACUGUUGUGGCCUGUGUUGAAAGCCAGCUCUACUUCAGACAAACCUGCACGUGUUGUCAAUCUCUCAUCUUCAAUCCAUUACCUUGGUUCAAUAAAUUUUGAUGACAUCAACAGCAAAAACCAUUACAAUGCACAGACAGCUUAUGCUCAAAGCAAACUAGCUCAGUUGAUGUUUACCAAGGAAUUAGAUGAACGGAUUAGGGCAGCAGGAGAAAACAUCACUGUUAAUGCAGUGCAUCCAGGAGUUGUGGCCACAGAGCUGUUCCAGCAUGUGGCCUGGGCACGAUACUUCCCAUGGUUGGCCAGAUCCUUUUUAAAGACUCCUAAACAAGGGUCAGAUACAGUGGUUUAUGCAGCACUUUCCCAGCUAGUACUUGAUGGUGGCCAUUAUUAUGAAAAUUGUACCAUAACCCGUCCAGCUGUCAUGAAACCCAAUGAUUUACGCCAUCUCUGGGAAAUCUCUUGUCAGCAGUGCAAAGUUGUUGACUUUGGUGGUUUGUAAAGAGAUAAGAUUAAGUGAAAAAUUUGUUAAUACUCUUUUAUAUAGAAAUGUGGUAUGAUUGAAAUUUAUUGUUUAUUUCAUAUUUUGUAUACUGAUACAAAAAAAUUAUGUGAUAUGAUUUAUUACCUAGUAAAUCCCAGAAAACCAAGACACCUUGUUUGGGUAUAUUGGUAAGUUGCACCUUCAAAACCUUGAUUGAACAUCAGUUUUUAAAAUAUGGUUGGUUAUUUUUGUACCACUGUAUUAAAUGAGUAUGGACUAGGUUAAGCAUUUCCAUCUGGCAUAUUCCUCCAGCUGCAAGGCCAGAGUUCUACCACUCCUGUCCUUGUAAUGUACCUCCUGCUUUCACUCAGCCCUCCCUCUAGACCCUCGUCUAAUCAAUGGUUACAAUGCCCAUCAGUGUCUUCUCCCCCUUACCCUAGGACCCCCUCUUCUCCCUUUGUGUGAUUUGCUUAUGUCAUGAAUUAAUUUCUUAAGAGUUUUUAUUGUUUAUUCUUUGUCUGUUAUAUGUAUAUGUAAAUACAGGUUUAUUGUGGUGUAUGUUGGGAUAAAUGCACAUAUUAUUUGUUUUGUGCACAUGUUGUUUCCAUAAUUUUUGUAAGUAUUUUAAUAUUGACACUCCUAUGCAAUAACUUUUGUAUGGUUCAGUUCACCCUGACUUUAACUAAGACUUUAUGUUGCACUUGCAUCAGAUGAUUACUAAUGCUAUGUAUUGCAGUUCUGGUAAAAGUUUUCUAUCUAUAUGAAUAUCACUCUGGUCUUAAAUUAAGUGUUUUACAUUACUUAAUUGCCCACUACAUCAUUUACUUUCUUCUGAAAUUGCAUUUGGUUGUAGAUCAUUUUUUGUGAUGGCUAGUAUAUGUUAAAACACUGAUAAACAUUCCAUUUCUUGUUAAAUCUCAACUGGGCAAUAAUUUCUGUUAUGAUAGUGAGAUACUCCAAGUGUGUCUUUUAAGUAUAUGUGAUAUGAAAUGAGGACAUGCUUGUAAUAUUUAUGUAUUACAUAUAUACAACUUGGUGCUCCCUUUUGAUAACAGUAUCAGAUAUAAAAUGCAUGUGUAAGGUAGUGUAUAAAUAUAAACUUUUUUUUUCUUUUUUUUUCUUAUACAAGUUACCAAGGACAGUUGUUACCAGGAUGUUUUGCAGAUGUAAUAUGACUGAAACCCAUCUAAGAAAAGAGAAAGUUAUAUGGAUCCCACUUUGUGUAUGUGACAGUCGGAAUAUAGAACAAAGUUAUUAUUGGUUUUAUAUAAGUAUUGAUAAGAUUCAUUUGUUUAAUGUAAUAAAAAUGAUGUAUGUAGUCAUUAUGUAUAGUUUGUUUUAUACUAUGUCUGUAUUUGGUGACUGUAAGAUACACAAUGGUUUUGUAAUAGUGUAAAGUAAAUCUUAUUUCAUGUGAA